AUGGAGCUCCGGGGGGAGCGGGGCCCCCGGAAGCACCAUCGCCAGUACGGCACAAGGCAGCCGUGGACCGCGGAGCAGGACGCCGCGCUCAUCAAGCUCGUGGCCCAGUAUGGCAAGAAGAACUGGAACACCAUUUCCGAGUGCCUGAACAAGCAGGGCUUCGUCGAGAACGGAAAGCCUGUCGUCCGUGAUGCGAAGUCAUGCAGGCUCCGCUGGUGCAACCAGCUGGACCCGUCCAUCAACAAGGAGCCAUUCACGGACGAGGAGAACCGAUGUAUCGCGGAGAAGCACCGUAUGUUCGGCAACCGUUGGGCCCAAAUCGCCUCCUUCCUGCCUGGCAGGACUGAUAAUGCGGUGAAGAACCAGUGGAACUGCAAGAUCAAGAAGAUGCUCGGACAUGACAGCAGGCGGCAGUCCAACGCCGAGUCGGAGUACUCGGUGGGAACGUCCGCCGGCUUCGAGGAGACGUACCAGGAUGACCAACCGGGCUGGGGCAACGUGAUGCAGGGUGCUGGCAGCACGCGAGGCCUCCCGGGGGACCGCCCGGCACCGCAGGACGCGGUCCCUCGGCAGCCGAACCAGCAGGACUACCAGGACUACGUGCAGAAAGGGCUGCGGGAGCUCGAAGCGAUGCUGGACCAGGACCGCGACGAAACACUGCGGUCGCAGAACGGCAUCGAUGCCAGCCUGCAGCCGAUCGUCCCGAGUCUCGACUCUGAGGGCCUGGGGCUCUCGGACGCUGAUCUCGAGCAGCUGGAAAACAGCAUCGACGGCGGCAGCAGUGGCGGCUACGAGGCCGGCCGACAGCGCGCCCCCGGGAGUGCUGGGAACGGCCGACAGGGGAGGGCGGGCGUUUUCUCGGACGGGGCCCGGUCUGACAUGUACCGCAACAGACCGGUCGCUGGCGGGUCGGGGCAUGGGCACAAGCGAGCGUGGCAGGAAGCCGUGCGCUUCCAGGUGCACGACCUCCUCAUCAAGCCCUUCGGACCCGUUCGCAAAGCCGCCACCGCGCCCGACCACCACCGCGAGAACUCCGCGAACGAGAGGGGGGAGCGGCAGCAGCUUGGCUCCAUCCAGGAGUUCGUGUCGUGGCCUUCCGGGGACGUGCCGGAGCCAGAACAGCCCCGGAAGCGGCAGACGCGCCCAGCGGACGAGCUCGCCAUGCAGGCUCGGGUCAACGCGCAGUCGGACGGCGCUGUGCCACAAAGUGGAACCUCGGCGCGCGGCAUGACGGCGGCAGGGGCGAUACACGCCCAGAACGUCUUCGACCUCAUCGGCGGCCCGGAGUGGGCCGAGGAUGCCUUCAAGCAGGAGCCACUGCCGCAGCGCACGUCUUCUGGCGACGGGCCGGGGGGUCAAAUGAGGGCACAAGGCGCGGUGAACCCCGCGCCCUCGAACGACGGUUCCUGGCAAACUGGGGCGCGGUUUGGGUCGGACCCGGCGCAGCUCGCAAAUGUGGAACCGCCGCAGUGGCGCAUGGCGGGAGCAGAGCCGCCCGCGGAUGCGCAAGGGGGGCCACCUGGGCAAGCAGAACAACAAGCAGGACGCCGGGACCUGCAGCCACCUGCUUGGCCAGCCUCAGCACCGGACAGGGGCUGGGGGGGGCAGAUGCAGGGGGUCGCGGCGUCCCAGGGAUGGGCGCCUCCCGUGUCGGGCUCUCCCAGCGCGUCCAUGGAGCAGCCGGGUCCUGGGCAGGGGUUCUACCGCGGCAUGGAGCACGGGUACGGUCAAGGAGCGACGGGCAGCCGUGACGCCUUCACGAUCCCCGCGGCGGUCAUGGCGAGCCUGUUCCAGCAAGACGUGCCCCCUGCGGUGGUCCAGAAGAUCAUGCGCGCCGCUGCUGCAGAACAGAGCGCACGACAGGCUCAGAGGCAGGCUCAGCGCGACCUCUACAUGGCCGCGGCAUCGUACGGGCUCUUCGAUAUGAAUGCGAUCGGUGGAGCGGGCAGCUUCGUGCCGGACGCCAACCAGAGGGAAUUCCAACAACAACAGCAACAGGCGUCCAAUUCCUGGGGAGACUGGCAGCGCAUGGCACCGUCUAGCGGACAGAUGUGGAACCCGCAGGUUGAGCCGCCUGUGCAGAUGUCGUACGACGGCGCGCCUAUCUCCUGCCGGCCCAACGAGGGACACGUGCCCCCGCCCCCAAACAUCAUGUACGACCCAUCGUUCUACUCGAAUGAGGGCCUCGACCGGUCGCCGCCGUUCGAGACGCAGAACUGGGACGGCCUCGGCCACCAGUCCGGCGUUGCCGAAAGGAAGUGA